CGUGGAUCUAACGUGAAACGGGGGGCCGGGUGGGUGAUGGGAGGGCAUGGUUGUCUGUUUUUUCUUGCUUCGACCUCGAGUCUACUAUAUGGGCAUGAUACGUUUAUUGUCGUUGCAUUCUUCUUUCUGCUCUUUAGCUUUGUGUUCUUUGGAUGCUUUUUUCUUCCCUUCCAUUGUUAUAUUGAUAUCCACUUGCUUUUUCUCAUCUCUUGAUUGAAGACUGCUACGCUGGGCGUUGGGGACAUGGUUGGAGCAGGACUACCCUUGUUGAAUUCGUUAUAUGACCCUUGAUUUUCAUUCUCUUUUCCAGACUGUAAUCAAUCAUUCUCAUCAGUAUAUGAAUAGAUGC